GAUUUUUUGCGUCUGAUUUCUGAUGUUGGCUGUCUGUAUGGUGUGACGCGAGGAAGUGCGAUUUUAUAAAUUAUUUUUUAUUUUGUGUUUUUAUUUUCGUGGGGGGUGGGGAAUAGACCAGGAAACAAAAUUCUUUCGUCUUGAUAAGCCUGGGUUUCGAUUCCUACUCGCGUCAGGAAGCCCGCAACGCGUUGAAGCCAGAGCGGCCGGUUGCGCCUAUUGAUUGGUAUUUGAAAUAAUGGCCGCGCUUUACGCUUGUACCAAAUGCCACCAGCGAUACCCGUUUGAGGACCUUUCCCAGGGCCAGCAGCUAUGUAAGGAGUGUCGGAUAGCACAUCCUGUAGUCAAGUGUACAUACUGCAGAACUGAAUUCCAACAAGAAAGCAAAACCAACACAAUAUGCAAGAAAUGUGCACAGAAUGUGAAGCAGUUUGGAACACCCAAACCCUGUCAAUAUUGUAACAUUAUUGCUGCCUUCAUUGGCACCAAGUGUCAACGUUGUACAAAUUCAGAGAAGAAGUAUGGGCCACCUCAGACAUGUGAACAAUGCAAACAGCAGUGUGCCUUUGAUCGAAAAGAUGAGAGUCGGCGAAAGGUUGAUGGAAAACUGCUGUGUUGGCUCUGUACACUUUCAUAUAAGCGUGUUCUGCAGAAAACAAAAGAACAAAGAAAGAACUUGGCCUCUCACUCCUCCUCGUCUUCAACUUCAUUACCUGAAAAAGAGGUCUCUAAACAUCUUCAUAGUGCUAGUCGUCACAAAAUUGGCGGCCUAAGUCCAGAGCAGCAGCAUGGCGUUUGGAAAAUGAGCCAUAAAUCAACAUCAUCUAGUAUUCAAAAUGAAGCUCCAAAGAAAAAGCCAAAACUUGAAACAAAGCCCUCCAAUGGAGACAGCAGCUCAUUAACCCAGUCAAUGGAUUCUGGUGGGACAGACAACUUUGUUAUUAUCAACCAAUUAAAGGAAGAAGUGAUGUCUUUGAAAAGGCUCCUGCAGCAGAAAGAACAGACUAUCUUGGAAAGAGAUAAAAAGCUGACUGAGUUGAAGGCAGAUUUUCAGUACCAGGAAUCUAAUCUUAGAGCAAAAAUGAACAACAUGGAAAAAGCACACAAAGAUACAGUGGAACAGCUACAGGUUUUACUUUUGUUUCAGGCUCUAGUAUCUGUGGUAUAUUUGCUUUUGUGUUGGCCUCUUUCUCAACGAGUCUGCAGCCUCGAGUCUUCAGCAAGUGGCCCUCGUGCUGUCAGCAGGGGGGUGUGCGGAGGGAAUGCGAGCCAGGAAGAAGCAGAUAAAUUUGGGCAUCGGCUAAACCCGAAACACUGUACGUGUAGUGUUUCCCACCUGUCGUCAUCCUCUAACCAAGAAAGACUGUGUGGAGGCUUGGUCUGGCCAAAAAUCGAGAAUUGCUGAAACAAGUUGCAGCAUUGUCCAAGGGUAAAAAGAUAGAGAAGACUGGAAAUGUUCUGUUGUCUCCUUGAAGGGCUUCUUGAAAAGUGUAUCAUGAAAAUAAAAGCAAAUACUGCCGUGGUAGUAGAGGUUACUGUGAAGUCUUUUCAUUUAGAAAAUGCACCCCGAUUGUUUUCCAACUGGUUAGAUUUAAUUUUUUUAAACUAGCAAUAAGAAACUGUGCUUUUCACAGAAGAUAAAUGAUAUGUUAUAAGAUAUUCAAUCACUUUUUUAAUUACCAUCUUGAAUUUGAAUGUUUAAAAAGGGAAGGUGAAUGAAAAUGAAUAAAUGAAGUUUUUGUCUGUAACCUUCUGCACGUUGCUGAAUUGCCUUGCAAUAAAAACUCUAAACAUCCUGUUUUUUGACAUGGCAAGUGUUAGCUUUACUAUAAUACAUUCAUACAGAAAAUCUGAGGUCAGGUAAAUUAUUCCUACUGAUUUAAGUGUUCCUCUAAUCCUCUAAGAAAUUCUAAUGGUAGCGUGGGCAAGCAUUUGUUCGUAACUGCGUUCAGAAGUAAAAUAUAAAUUACAUUUCCUAUUUUAAGUGGUGUGAAUAGCUUUCUUUACUUUGUCUGUGGAAGAAUAUAGUAGUAUAUAUGCUUUAUGCAAAUCACAGCCAAUAGAAUGUAUAAAAAAAUGUAUACUGAAAACUCCAAUUUGCCUUUGGAAUCAAUUUUUCGGAUACUGUAGAAUUCCCAACAGUUGAUGUUCCUGGUACGUUUAACUAACGUUAGAAAUGUUUGAGUGGGAAAACUUGCUUUUGAGCAAUAUUUCAUCUUGUUUUCACCUUAAUUCAUGCGUGUUUCUACAUAUGUGCAAAAAUUGUUACAUUGAUUAAAGGAUAGUGUAGAAUAUGCAUAUUAGUUAACAAGAUAAGUGAGAUAUUCCCAUAGGGAGCACACAGGUUGUUUUGCUUACCUUUCAUUGAAGAGCAACUCCACUUACUGCACAUCAUAAUUGUUUCAACCUCCAUCCAAAAAGGCACGCUGUCUUUUACUUUUGUUUAUGUGCAUCACAAUGCAAAUUGAGUUAAUCCUAACUAAAUGUUCUGUUAUUAAACUUUAUGUUCGUUUAAAUUUUUAAUAUGCACAUACAGUUUUCACUUACUGGUUGAAAUCCUUGACGUUGAUGUAUGUGGUAGUGUUGGAGUUGUGCCUUAGAUAAGUUAGCAUGAACUUUUUCAGCAUCCUUUAAAAGAAAUAUGCUAAGUUUACAGUGAUAGAGACAAAUGAUUCCUGUGUAAAACAAAAGAAAAAAUGGAAAUUCAAAUUACAUAAUUUUUUCUGAGCAAUCACAAUCAUUGUUAACAUGAUCCUAUACUAAUAAGGCUAUAACACAUUAACACAUUCACAAAUCUGUAUCAUAUAUGGCAAGCUGUUCUCUAAACAAUUCUUAAUUUAGCUUUGUAUAUGAAGCAAAAAUGCAAAUUGUGUAUAAAAAUAAAUUUGUCUGGUUAUUAAAUACUUAGCCAUUUAAUAAGGUUAGAUUUUCAUGUAAAGGUGCUAUUAAGUAACAGAGAAUAGUCAAGACAUUUAAUUCUUGAACUUGUGGCAUGAUUUGAUUUCAUUUCUUUAGGAAAGCCUAUUCAACUUUUCUAAAUUUUUAAUAUUUCAUACAUUUUUGUUAAAUAACGCCCAAGUAAAAACUUGGCAUUGUCCCAAAUUGUUUUUUUGAGAAAUGUAUGGUAACAAUGUUGAGAAAGAAAGCAAUUGUGCAUAUAUUAGCUUGAUAAUUAACAGGCUUGUAUGGAGAAUCUUUUGUUUCUAGUUAUAGAAAAGUUAUUUUUAUGUACAGCAUUUUUGUGUGCAUUCCAAUCAAUUUGUCAUUUUAAAAAAUUCUACCUGAGCUUUGCAUUCUGACGAUUCUAAAGUAGGGCCUUCUUUUGUUUCCAAUAUUCUCAACCAGCAUGAAGUGGAGUAGGUCAUUUAAAGCUAUGCACUUAAAUCCUAUAAAAAUGUCAAGUAUAAUUUUUUUGGUGACUGUACAAUACAAAUUAUUUAUUCUAUCUCAGGCUAAUGCAUUUAAUAUUUGAUAAUGUCAUCAUGCAAUUGUAUGAGCAGGCUUCAGAACCUCUAGCAGAUAACUCCUCAUAAGGGGCAUUAUAAAAUUAUAACAGAAGAAUAAUUGUAACUUCUUUGUUUCAACUUUCUUGAUUCUUAGCAUGUUAUUCCAGAUACAAGCAUGGUUAACCCUAGCGUCUAUGAAUUACCUCCUCUCUAGAGCUGAUCUGCACUUGAUUUUAAAAACAUAAUUUUCUAACAAGUUAAUGAGAACAAUUUGUAUUUUGUGUGAAAACAGGAACAUAUUACAAAAAUUGGUAGAACCAAAUUGGCAGAAUAUAUAACCAUGUGUAAAUUGUCAUUGACCUCUACCAGUAACAGUGCCUUGUCUUUCUGGAAUUUGGCAUAUGUUCUGCAGUUAUAAUAAUACAUUACUAUUUGUAUAUAAUGUUUUACUAAUGCAGCAGUUUGCUUAUUUAUAAGUUCUGUAAUUUUCUUUUCAUAUUGGUUCAAUGUUUUGAAACUACAUUUUAAUCAUGUUAUUCCAUUGUUAUUUCACAAACUAAUUCUAGUUGUUUUUUUGGGGGGGGGCAUUGGUAUCCUUUUUGUUACAAUAAGUCUUGAUAUGUAUACAAUGUAAUUUGUAAAUUGGGGUGCAUAAAAUUCAGACUUCACAGUAUUUAAAGUUGGAUGGUGAAUUUUAAUCAUGUUUGAAUUUUAAGAUUCUAAUAUUGUUUAUAUUGUUUUUAACCUUCAUUUGUUACUUGAAACUGAUAAGUUGUAAAAUAGUCUGGGAUGUAUCCUUGCAACAAUAGGCAUAGACUUAUGCUUUUUAUUCUGUUUCGCAAAGAAGUCUCCUGUACAAGUGGUGAAACUGCGAGGUAAAAUUGUCAUGUACUUCAUUUUUAUGUAAUCAUAAGUGUAAACUCAUUAAAUUGUUAUUUCUAAUGGAAUAGGAUUUAAGUUAAAACUGCCAGAUGUAUUUUAAAAUCUUCCAACUUCUCUUGUAUUUUCUCCUUGAGGAGCUGUAUACAUGUUUGGAAGGCAUUCCUCAGAGUUUGUAACUAUACACAGGAACAAUCUGAAUUCUAUAAUCAGAUAUUGGUCAACUGAAAUUUUAUACUUGUUUUCUAAAUCUUGACAGUUUGAAAUAAAUCUUGUUGAAAUAC